CCCCACCGAAAAAGGACACAAACUCGAACCUAAUUAUUGUAUCUGAGUCGGCCACCGCCACAUCUCAUCCCAGUCCACCGCCGCCCACCCACAACCGCUGAUGUGGGCGCAAUCACGAGCUGGCAACCCCAUCCCCAUUCCAAUCCCAAUCCCAUCCACCUCUCUCUCAGUAGGGAGGGUGGGUGGUGGGGGAGUGUUAAGGCGGGGGUAGAGGCUGGUGGAGUGGUCAUGUAAUGGUGGGGUGCACCCACUCUCAUUCACCACCACCCACUCUUUCCCAUUUAUUGCUCCACCAUGAUAACAAUCCCCUCCUCCUCCGUCGCCGCCGCCACCACUACCACCGCCACCUCCACCUCCACCGCUUUCCUUAUCUUCCCCCUUAUCCGUCAAGAUGGCCACUGCCCCCGACAAGCCUCCCAAGAAGUUCCCGCCGCCCUGCUGGACCCAGGAGGAGACUCUGGCCCUCAUAGACGCCUACCGUGACCGCUGGUAUGCGCUCCGCCGGGGGUACCUCCGCACCGCCGACUGGGACGCCGUGGCCGCCGCCGUAGCCCAGCGCUGCCCCGGCGCCUCCCCCGCCAAGAGCUCCGCCCAGUGCCGCCACAAGAUGGAGAAGCUUCGCCAGCGCUACCGCGCCGAGAAGCAGCGCUCCCUCUCCUUCCCCGGCCGCUUCUUCUCCUCCUGGUUCUUCUUCGAGAACAUGGAUUCCAUGGAGCGGGGGACGUCCUUGGCCGAUGGAUCUGACCAGAACACCGACGAUCGGGUCGAGUCCGACGUAAUCAAGGGCUUAGGCGACCGGAAUAUGGUUGAAACCGUCUUCCGGAUGAAGAAUUCUAAGAGGAUCGACGGAAAUUCAAUCCCUAAUCUCGUCCCAGAUCAGCGUGGCCUAGAUACAGCAGGUGCGUUUCACCUAAAAGAUCGAAAUUCUGGAGCUCUAGGUUAUACGGCAAAAGAUUGUAUCCCCAAUUUUGAUUCUGGGGUUUUGAAUGGGUAUAUGGAAGAUGGAUCUGAUGAAGAUCUCGGCGAUGAUACUGAUUUUGGAGGUGGAUAUCGUAUUAGAAACCCAGCUGAUGGGCAGUUCGUCCAUCCGAUGCUUAGGGCCAAGAAAUUUGGGAAGAUUCAUGGGAAUUUUGGCCCUAAUUUUGAUCCCAGUCGCGAUGAAGGUGGCGGGUUUUGCAUAAAACCAACUGAUCAAGCCGUGGAGGCUGCAGGGUUUAGGGCAAAGAAAUUGGGAAAGCCUGAUGAUGGCAGAUUCAAAUUGAAUUCCAAUUUUGAUUAUUCCGAUGGUGGGUUUUUGGUGAAUCUAUCUGGUGACAGAUAUUCAAUACCUGCAGGAUUCAGAGCAAAGAGCCCCGUCAAGGCUGAUGGGAAUUCAUGUCCCAGCCUUGAUUCUAGGGUUUUGAAUGGUUUUUUUUCGGGCUGGGAUUCCGGAUUGGGGAAGAAGAACUGCGGAGGAGGAGGAGGAGGAGGAUUUAAGAGAGACAGGGAUCCAAUUGGAGAGAUGGUUUCCGCGAUCAACCUGUUGGGAGAAGGGUUCAUGAAGGUGGAGAAGAUGAAGAUGGAGAUGGUGCGGGAGAUAGAGAAGAUGAGAAUGGAGAUGGAGAUGAAACGCAGCGAACUGAUACUGCAGUCGCAGCAGCAAAUUGUGGAUGCUUUCGUGAAUGUGUUAAUGGAGAACAAGAAGAAGAAGAAGAAGAAGGCAGAGACAGGGGUCUUGCCAGAUUCAUAGUUAUUAGGAUAUGAAGUUUUCUGAUUGUAGGUUCCGCAGGGCUUGUUGGUUGGGAAGAUGGAAAUGGCUAUUAAAAAUUUCAUCUUUAUGACAACUACAUAUACUUGUUCACUGAUCUGAAGCUAGAAUUGUUGUUAGAUUUUGUUAUAGAAUGUAACUCUGUUCUGCAAAUCAUAAUAUGUACGUCUGUUUCCUAAGGCA